AUGCAGAAAGAUUUUUGUUUUCUUUUCUACAAGGCCAGAAGAGAGGACAUCAACGAACAGAGCAAGUAUUUAAUGCGUCGUAGCGAAUCAACAACACAAGCACAUAUGCACAAGAAAUUGGUAUUAAAUCGCUGGACUGGUUGGGCAGCUGAAUUUGAUACUUUUCUUUUUUUUAGUACCCCUCUUUUUCUUUCUUUACUUCUUUCUUUCUCCUCGCACGACUAUAUCAUUCUCUCUCAUACCGUGAUUUACUUCUCUCUCUUCUCCGACUUUUUUCUCACUCUUUAUCAACGUCUUUUCCCUCUUCCUGUUCUUUCUUUCAAACGUAAUACUUUCUCUCUUUUUCUUCUUUUUUUUCCUCUUUUUUCCCUCCAUCGGACUCAUCACUUAACUAAAAUAGAGACCGUCACCGCUUUCUCUUGUAUGAACCGUCAUACCUAUAUCCCGGAGACUUCGCGGCGGUUUUUAACCGGCCUGGGGGGAGCAGGAAGCCCAGUCAAGUCGACCAAGCCCAGCAGCUGUCGGGACCAGCAGUCUCCAGCUCCCCUGCGGCGCUCUACUGACGUCCCGCGACUAUUCCAGCACCCGCUGACGACCUUAUCCAGUGCCCACUGA